AUGGAUUUUUAUGAGAAUAUCUGCUUACCUUCAUGGAAUCAGAUUCAACAUUUUACGGUUGCUCCAUCCAGAACAACAUUUUCUACGUCAAUUUCAAAUGCACGAUUUUUUCUACCAAAUUCUCUCAAUCGUAUCGUCAAAAAUUAUAAAUCAAUCAUUGGUGCAUCUGAUAUUACUGUAAAUAGUGAAAGUAAGAAAAAACCAUCGCUUAAACAACAUAUCCCAUCACUAAGGGCUAUUAGCCAAAACGCUUACAGGUUUACAAAGUCAACCCGAACUACUGUACCAAUAAAUCAAAAAUCGACCUCAUAUUAUGUUGAUCAUGAUCAUAAACGAAACACCAAUAAUGGCAGUAAAAAAGGUUGCGGUAAUAAUAAUAAUAUCAACGAUGACCAAGAUAAUAGAAAUGAUGAUGAUGAUGAUGAUGAUGAUGAUGGUGACGACAUUUAUAGUGAUAAUGAAUACGAGGAUAAUGAUACAAGUUUAAUAUCAUCAAAUGAUGAAAAGCCUAUUUCUGCUAAAAAAUAUAUUGCCUAUGGUGUUGCGGGCAGUUUACUAACACCGAAAAGGACGAUAAAAAAUGUCGCUAUUAGACCGGAUCCGGUAACUACUCACCGUAAUUUUCAAUAUGCGAAAACACCGCUUGCUAAAAUUACCUCCACUGCUUCAACAUCCUUAGCAACUAUUACCAUUCCUUCUGUAAAUAAUAUUAUUACUAGAGCUGCUAUAAAUGAUAAUACUAUUACUACUACUAUUACAACUAUUGCAAAUGCUACCGCUACUAUUACCACUACUACUACUACAACUGUUACUCCUGCAUUAAAAUUUAUUCCUAUUCCCAUUAAUAUACUAAUUCCGGAAUGGAACACAACCAUGAAAGAUUCCGAAUUAUCAAAUCAAAAUCAUAAUUAUAUUCUUAACAUUGGAAUUAUUGAGCAAAAUCCUAACAAUCAGCAAAUGAUACAUAAUGAAAUGAUUGAAGAACUCAAAUGCUUUCAUUAUUUUGCAAAUAAGUUUGUUUGCUUUAAAUAA